AUGUUUUUUGCAUACUCUAGGACGAUUCAUGGUUGCAUUUCUGAUUUGCGUUACUCAGGUACUUUGGAGCAGGCAUUCGUACUUCCAACUUACAUUCAAUCUCUUAUCUGCACAAUCAGCACGGAUGUAUACUUCUUGGAUGCAAAGAAUUACGAGCGCCUCGUAAACUCUAGAAGAAACACUGCUCGCUCACUAGAUAAUUACAUUCAAAAAUUAGCUGAAGUAAAAUUGGCUACUGCUGUUGCUAGAUCGAUCGACAAACAGGCAAGCGGAUCGAGUUUCGUGAAUAUGAAUUAA